CAAAUAAUGUGUAUACACAUAUGUCCCUCAUUGCUCGUCGUAGUUUUUUUAAAGACAAAAACCUUAACAUGUUAAAUGACCCUCAGCGUCGUGAUAAUCGUGUCCUGAAGUAAAUUCUUAUUGUUGACUUUUAUGUGUAUUAAAAUACGGUUAUUCCGGUAUUGUGUACACAUUGAUUGACUUGUUGUGAUUUGUUGUGUAAAUGAAAACAAAACGCACACUGUCAGCACUAAACAUAAAUAAGAGAACAUGGAUUAAUAAAUCUCAACUUUGUGUGCAGCACAAGACAUUUGGUCAAAAUUUGUCGGAACGGAUCUCCUAUCACAAUAAUUCGAGUUAAUAUUCAAGCCAACAUUGUCAGAGUAUAAAGUUACAUGAGCAUGGAAACUACAGAACUGACCGGUGAUGGCAUUGAAUCUGUACAUGUAUGGCAAGCGUAUGUUAUGUGUGCAAUGACUACUGUUAUGUUUUAUAUGUUGGGAGAAAUUUUAGAUAGACUCGGGAAACCUAAAUGUGUUGCUCCAGAGGUAGAAUUCUGGAAGUGGAGAAAUAUCACGAUAUCAUGGAUACAUGGAGUUAUAUGCGGAACGUGGGUUUUUUUAUGCUUAGUUUUAUACCCAGAUUUAGUACGAGAUCCAGUGGCUUAUAUAAACAACUUCAUGUAUCUAAUGGUGCCCUUUUCUGCAGGAUAUUUCAUAUAUGAUACCAUAGACAUGAAGAUGAACAAGAAGUUAGGAACAUACUGGGAAGUUACUUUACAUCAUUUUGUUAUAGUUUCCUCAUUUAUAUACAACUUUAACAUAAGAAGCUGCAUAGGAUAUAAUGUCAUAAUACUGAUGGCAGAAAUUAACACUAUAUUUCUUCACAUGAGAAAACUCUUACAGAUGUGCCAUAUCGGAUUUGACACUAAACUCUACCGAUUUGUGUCUUUUAUUAACAUUUUUACGUUCGUUACUUUCCGCCUUAUUCCUAUUUUACGUGUCUAUUCAGGAUUAUAUUUAGAUUUUCAUAGAGUAAGUUUAACGUAUGUUGUAACAUUUUGGUGGACUAUUACAACUGGACUAGUUAUAAACUUAAUAUUAUUUUGGAGACUUGUAAAGUCUGACAUUUUAAGAGGUUUCUCAGGAAAAAGAAAACAAAAAUUGGAUAACGCAACCGGCAAAAGCAUAUUUGAAAAUGGUGACUUGAAUUUUGACAAGGAUGAAUAAAAAAUAAUGACGAAUGAUUUAUCAUGUCUAUGAUAUAAAGUUCAGCAAUGGAAUGUUUGCAGUGUAAUGAAUGUAAUGUAGUUCCAGGAACAUAAGAACCACUAGACAAGACAAAAAGUUUAGUUUUCUAAAAUAGCAACCCAUGAUCAAACGAUAGCUAUAUAUACGAACUUUGGGUGCGUUGACGGCUGACAUCACUAGAAUAUACUUUUGUUCUUCUUGAAAUAAAUUAAUUGUAUGAAGUUUGA